GUCUGCGGUUUCGAGCCUUCCUCACCUUCUUCACCUGGCGCUGGAGGGUGCUGUUUUCCACGCAUCGCUUCUGCUCCUGAAUGGAGGGUACUUUCGUCAGCAAAGCCAUUGGCAUUGACACCUGCUAAUUCUUGUUCUGAGUGGAAUCACAGGCGAGCAAGAGCCGAUCCGAGGUGACUUGGAGCAAGAGAGUAUGUACACUCUGGACUGGUUGAAAGUCAAUCGCAUACAUAUGGCCAGCUGUAUGAACACUGCAAGGCGAUGGAGUUUCAUCGCGAUGACAGCCAUUCCACCUGGUGGGAAAUUGCAGAGAGGUGCAGCGGGAUCUGCGCUCUGUGAUGUUGCCUGAGGGGGGAGAUUAGGAGGGGCAGCCGGCCCUCUGUGUCACGUCGACAGUCACAGCGCUCAUCGUCGGCCGGGCCCAAACCCCAGUGGGACCUUAAAUCCUGUUACACUGUCAGCUAAAACCAUCAUUUGUAUUAGAGAUGUGUGGGUGUUUAAGUGCGCGUACAUAUUAAGUGAGGGGGGAUAGUGUCUUAAAACGAUGAAUUAUUCAUACCAAAAGAAAAGGAGAUAUUGACUACAUCUCCAUAAACAGACUGCGCUCUUUAUGUCAGCGGGCACGAGAUCUUUGGCUAUAAUUGCAUAAAAGCCGGUGAAAAUGCUCUCCUCCUGCAUCACAGCAGGCACCGGUCAGCCUUAUCGUCAGGGGUGAAUUUGAGUGACGGCAAUUGUUCCAACUUAAUGUCGUAUAAAUAAUUUACUCUUUGCGGUGUCGAUUCCUCUCUCUUUUAUCCAAGGUGAAGAUUCUCCAAACAGCUGUAAGUCAGUUUCGCUUGGGGCAUGGUUGUUGAAGUGCAGGCACACGGGCCUCGUGAUUUGAAAUGUUGAUUAUUAUAUUUUUUUUUUGUGUGUGCAGAAAAAGUACAGUGCUCUAAAGCGAGCAUGCAGGCUGGAUUCCCCCCCCCCCCCCUCAGUAACAAGUGAUGGUGGAGAAUGAGAAUCUUUGCACUUCUGGCCUGCGCCUCCAGAGGGAGGUCAGAACUAUUUGUCAGUCUCCAGUUGGGAUUGCAAAUUGGAAUGAGCCUCCCUGCGUGAUGACCCGCAGAACUUCCAUUCCUAACCGCGGGGGUGACUGCUUCACGUCAUUUGAGAAUUGAUGUGGCGACCAGCAGCUUUCUGUUGAGCCAUAAUUUAACCGGACACACAUUUCAUCUUCCCUAUGUGGUUUUAGAACGUAAUCUGACACACUUGGCCCAUUGACUGAUGUGACCGUUACAGCUGUGAUUUUUUUUUUUGUGUCCAACACCUGUCUUGAUCUUGUCACAAGUUUCAACGAGGUUGCCAUGCUAAUUAAUGAGCAAAGGCAUUUUUUUUGAUAUCCUGUGAUAAUAGAUCUCAUCUCAGGGUUUAACUGCUCCUAAUUCACUGUAAUGCUGAAGCCUAAUGACAGGUCUAAGGUUUAUUGCGCAUUAGCGGUGUGAUGCUGAGCACAUUACAUGUUGCUGGGCCUCUUUUUAAUGGCCACGCAGACACCAUUUAUCCUGAUGUGUUUCGAAGUGGAUGGCCCAAAAAAAAAAAAAAGCCCACAAACAAUUAUUUGAAAGCAGUCUGACGGUGGGCUGUGUGUGCAUGCAGGGCACUUCUUGCCUGCUCCGUGUUUUUGACGUUAAUGAUCUUAAAAAUGUCCAACUUUUUUUUUUUUUUUUUUUUAGUGUUGGGGAAACUUGUCCUGUCUUUGAAGGUCGUGUUCAGAGCGCCUUAAAGUGAAAGAAAAUGUUUUCCUAUUAGCUAAUUGAAUGAGAGCGCAAAGCGAGGCCGGGCUGCUCCAUGACAGAGUCGCCUUUGUUACGUCUAUCCGCCGCUGUCACACACUUUAAUUCGACUCUCUUUCUCCCUCAUUGAAAGCCUCCACAAUGACAUUCAAUAAGGGCCGCCGAGUGAAAACCUGGUUAUUUUUACAUAUUCUUCCAAACCACCGCCCCUCCCGCCCGCGACUCGGCAGGGGCCCGAGCAAAGGAAUUAAUCACCGCUCUUUAACAGAACUGCCUUCAGGCGAUGACUUGUCCCUUUUCUUGUGCCUAGAAAAUGACACAUUAACCCUAAAUUGGUUUGCAUAAACUUUACAUUCAGCUGUUGCGUACGUAUAUAUAUAGUUUAAAAAAAAAAGUCAAACAAACGUUUCGGACGCAUCUCCCCGCAAAUGGUGUCACCGAAUAGCGUGCGCAAAUGUCGAGCUUGCUUUUGCGCCACGCACCUCUCAUUCCUGUCAGGCUGAAAAAAAAAUCCUCGAAUCCCGACCGCCGGGCUUUCUGAAUGUGACAAUCGAAGCCCGUGUUUUAUGAUAAAAAAUAAGAGCGAUGAUAAAAGGCCCAAUGGGGCGGUGCCGCCUCUCGCGGCGUGGGUGGGGCUGACAAGAAUAGACUACAUUAUGCAGUUCAUUUAGUUAACAAGUGAAAUAAUGGGGAAGCGUGCAGUGGGAAUGCCGAGAGAAAAGCACAAAACCCUAUUGAGGGCUCUCGGCCCGCUUGCAGCGUAACCGUCACAUGGCCGAAGCGGCUCGGCGGCGCCUAUUUAAAGGAGCCCCCGGCGCGCCUUCAGCACCACUUCGCUGUCCACCCUUCCACGCGAGAGCACGCUGCCACGUCCCACGCCUUUUUUUUCCCUUCUUGCGGCCGCACAACUUCUACCCGCUACCAUGCCGAGGUCUUUUCUCGUGGAUUCGUUGAUUUUAAGAGAGGCCAACGACAAGGGGAGCGAGAACAGCCCGCCUCUUUUCCCCUACGCGGUGCACUCGCCGGGCCACCCCGCGCACGGGUUGCCGGGCUCCUGCCACUCCAGGAAGGCCGGGCUGCUGUGCUUCUGCCCGCUGUGCAUGGCCGCCUCCCAGCUGCACCCGUCGCCGCCCGCGCUGCCGCUCCUCAAAGCUUCCUUCCCGGCCUUCGGCUCGCAAUACUGCCACACGGCGCUGUCCAGGCAACACGGCUCAUCCAACGGCAUCAACCUCGCCCACGGAGCCGCCAUGUACCAGGCCGCCUACGCGGUCCCGGAUCCGCGACAGUACCAUUGCAUCUCCAUCGAAAACGGCAACGGCAAAGUUCAGAGCAGCAAACGCAUGCGCACGGCCUUCACCAGCACGCAACUUUUGGAGCUGGAGCGCGAGUUCACGUCCAACAUGUACCUGUCCAGGCUGAGGCGCAUCGAGAUCGCCACCUACCUCAACCUGUCCGAGAAGCAGGUCAAGAUCUGGUUCCAGAACCGCCGAGUGAAGCACAAAAAGGAAGGAAAGAGCGGAUCCGGCGGCCCACGGACUGCCACCAACGGCUGCAAAUGCUCGUCGGCGGCCAGAUGCUCGGAGGAAGAAGAGGACGACAUGCCCGUGUCUCCUUCUUCAUUCUCCGAAAAGGACGACGUGGACUUGUCCGUCUCCCCCUGAAACACCCGUCUGGACGAUUUAUGAUUUUUUUUU